AUGGACCUCCCAAGCAUCAGAUGUGGAAUCAGGUGCCACAGAGAUUUAGUUAUUAACUACAGAGCAACUGAUAACAUGGAGCACAGACUGCCUUUACUUUUUCUAUAUCUGAUCAGCGAUCUCAGGUCUUUAUUGUGCUGUCAAUGUUUUCCUUCGCAUAUACAAACGGAUUAUUGUGCCGCAAAUAUCGUUACAAAAGUGAAAAUCCAAGAUCUAGCGAGGAGUGAAUCUGAAAAAUGGCUUCGAUAUAAUGCAAAUAUUUCAACAGUUUACAAGGGCCGUGAAACAUUUCUGUUUAGCAUACCCCACAAAAUGGAAAUCGGCACGCCGGGACCAGCGCACUCGUGUGGUGUUCAGUAUCUAAAGCCAGGUCUGGAAUACCUUAUAUCAGGCAAUAGAGAUGAAAGAGGACUCAAGGCAAACGCAUGUUCCGGUGUCAAGUUCUGGACAGAUAUUCAAGCAAUUCUUCUCCGCAAUGUGGACUGCAGUUGCAAAAUUUUCAUUCCAAAAACAUGGAAUAUCCCUAUGAAAAAUGAAUACCCCCCUAAGACGGAUGAUAUCUGCCUUGCUCCUACCAGGGGCACAUGUCAGUUCAAAUCAGGGGUGUGUAAACGAGAUCAGAGAGGAGUGUGCCAAUGGAAUCUUGUUAAACCUUGUCCUGAGAAGGCUCCAUAAAUUACAAAUAUUUGAAAGAAAUUGGGAAUGAGACUGUAACAAAGUGAAGUGACCAAAUGCUAUGGGAUGUUAUAGAAAUUUUGUAAUUUGUUUUAACAUUUCAUGAUAAGUUACUGCAUGUGUUAUAAUUGUAAUCACAUGAUAACAUUUAUCAUGUGAAUUCCAAAUUGAAAACGUUUUUAAUUUUUAAAGCAAUAUGAGCUGCAUUUUUGUGAAUUUUAUUUUACUGGUAAAAUAUGUCAUUAUGAUAAAUUUGUACGUAAUUUAAACUUGAUGAUCAAUUAGACUAAAAU